AUGCAAUUCUCGGCAGCCUAUGACGUUUUUCUAGAAAUCCUCCAUCGCAUCAACCAGCGUCUGCGUCAGGCGCUCAAACGGGAUACCGUCAACUGGCGUAUGUUAAACACAUGCCCUGCAUGCUUUUACAAGCUCGACGAUGAACCUGCCCUCGAUUUUGAAUGGCUGGUAUCAAUUGACGGUAACAAUAGCCUGAAGCGAUGGGACUCGUCCAUCUAUGGUACCACCGCCCGAUCUGAUUCUCGCACAGCUCGUUCGGAUUAUUGGAUUCAUGCUGACGCUGUUGACAAGUUUGAGAAUGAAGUCAAAUCCCGACAAACAGACUUGAGGAAUGAUGACGACUGGGAGGAUGAGCCUACAGACCCGGAUCAUCCGGGAGCAUUCACAUGCGUCAAUCGAUGGAGAAACGCUGGCCCAGACUCACGUAAGAAGAUGUUUGCCGUAUUCCAAGAGUCAGGUAUUUUUAUCGCUUCAUGCCGCCAUCGCUUUGUGCUUCUCGCGUGUGAUAUGAUCCGAAGCGGAGAACUUGCGAAAUAUCUGAUAGCGAUCAUCGACAAACUCCUUACGGUAUAUGGAAAAAAUGGAGGUUGCGCGUACGAUAUCGGUUGCGCAUUCUCGAAGACGUUAGCUAAUAGUACGUUGGGCCCUCGUGCACACGAUCUCGGCUUUCGGAUGAUGGUUGGCGCCUUCCAUGGCCAUGCGCACAAUCGAAGGUGUCAGCUUGACUGGCACCCAAUGUAUAUCUCUGGAACUGGCCAUACUGAGGGCGAGGGUUGUGAGCAUAUCUUCUCUGCAUCUAACGAGCUUGCGCGUAGCACAAGGCAUGCUAACCGUUUUCAUCGCCACCAAGCCAUCGAGGAACAUUUCGCUUUUUGGGAUGCCGAUAAGUAUGCUGCACUUAGUAAUUAUUUGUGGACUCAUUAUCGCGAAGCGUUGAAAUCUGUUCGGUUGCUGACAGCCGAGCUAGAAACUAUCAAGGCCGAGCUACGCCUUAGCGACAACGACUUCCCUGGAUUCUUUGAUCAGGAACGCAUAUAUCUGGAUGGUCUGAAGCAGCCAGCUCCACGAGAUCGACUCUCUAUACGUUACGUUGAAGUACUAGACGAACUCGCUGAAAGAAGAGCUGAAUGGGAUCUCGCCCGUGAAUCUGGCAAUAACGCUCUUAAUGGAGUACAUAUUGGCAGCUUGGAACAGAUGCAUGACGCCCUGAAGCAAGCUCGCAUCCGAGUUAAUUCUUCAUACGCCAAAUUACAGCAUGCCGAGGGGCUUGUUGCUCAUUGCGAAACACUCUUAUCUGUCGAUGAGAGAUGGUUGAUUGGCGGUGACGAAUACAAACGUUUCAAGGAGGAAGCGACACUCGGCAAGUAUCGUACUGCAUUGGAUGAACUCGAACAUUUGGUCGUCAUGAGAUUGUUUGAACUCUCAAAGCUCUCGUUAUCGGGCACAGGAUACAAACUACGUCAACAGAUUAGUAAAGCUUUACAGCGGCGCUCGGACACUAUUCGCAACGCGAUCAAUCGCUACAAUAUCCAGGCUGCUUCCCUCAUCCCACCGAGACAAACGAUCGCAUGGAAAGACAUUGCCGAAUACAGUUUCCUUGGCGAGUUUGACCUUCUGCGUGACUCUCGUACUGACAUCCAAGACAAGGAUUGGGCAAGGCCAGCUCACCGUGAGGCGACUACAAAGUACUUCAAGCUCUGCCGAGCUUGCGAAGAAAUUAUUCGACUCAAUAUUGAAAUUCGCCGGCUCCGAACUGCUAUCCACGAUGAAACCAUUGACACGUCUGCCGUUAUCGACGAACUUCUUGUAGCUAACCCUUUGCUUGCUGCCGAGUUGAAACGCCAGUGGCGCUCACGGGCGGCUAUCAACGCUGUGCACACAUAUCGGUUAGAUCAGAUUGAGAGACUAUUUGGAUUCUCUGGUAUUAGUGGCAUUGGAACUCGCCUUGCGAAUCCUGCGUUCAGCAGACCAGUCAAUACCAACGGUGCUAGUUCCGCACAAGCAGAGAAUCCUGAUUCUUCUGCGUCGGAAUUCCAUGAUAUUGAAGCCCUUGACCGUGAAGAGCACGAAGUGGUCACCGAAGACAUGGCUGAUUUUUUGUACUCAAUAAACGACUGA